GAGCCGCCUGUUAUUACGGCCAUCGACACAGCAUUGCGCAGAGCACUUUUUGUAGUUUCAGUGAUUUCACAAGCUUCGAAUAGCACAAAUGGCAAAAAAGGCCAGUUCGCUUUUACUCCGGGCUCUGGAGAUGUCGGAAAGACAAUCGUGCGAUGUCAUGAGGAGAAACUCCAGCUGCUCCCUCAGACAUUUGAGCUCAUGUGGCAUCUUAGCAGCAGGACGGGUGAGUUUACCUCCUCCUUCAGCUUCUUCUCAAGUGGUGCCCACCCGGAGCUUCAUUAACUUAUCAGCCCCCCUCAUAACACGGAGAAUGGAGUACUUAGAGAGCCGAAGCAUUGGUUACUCACCCGAGCAGAUGUACAACGUUGUUUCCAGUGUGGACCAGUACCAGCAGUUUGUGCCUUGGUGCAAGAAGUCAAAGGUCACAAGAGGGCGGAACGGGGACAUGCAAGCUCAACUUGAAAUCGGGUUCCCCCCGAUCGUCGAACGCUACACCUCUGAGGUCACAGUCAUCCCGAACCACCAAGUCCGAGCGCUGUGUACAGACGGGACACUCUUCAAUCACCUUGAGACAUUGUGGCGAUUCACUCCUGGAGCUGCAGGCCAAGCCAAAUCAUGCAAUGUGGAGUUCUUUGUGUCAUUUGAGUUCAAAUCUCUGCUCCACUCACAAUUAGCGACAGUAUUUUUCGACGAGGUGGUCAAACAGAUGGUCAACGCUUUUGAGAAACGAGCAAACAAACUUUACAGCACCGGCGUCCAUCGACAGCAGACUUCACUCAGAAGAGCAACCUGAAAACACAAUAGACACAAGGAGUUACAUUACAACCACAUACAUUGUUACAAUGUUUCAGUUCUGGAGAAGAACUGCUCCUCUUUUUAAUCCAGUUUGUUGGAUUUUUGGACAGUUAAUGCCAGCACAGAUUUUGGUCUUGUGUUUGGAAAGCCUAUUUAUUUAAACCAUAAGAGUUAUAAUUUAUUGAGACGAGCGUGUGUGUAUAAUUUAUAUCAGUGGAAUGAAAGAGGAAGAAGAUGAUUGCAGUAAAAAGUGUUGAGGAAGGAUGCUUUUUCAUAUUUAUGAUCAUUAUGUUCAUAUGGUUGACCAAAGGGGGAAAAAAUCAGCUCUAAAUUAUUAUUCAGUGCACUUUUUCCAGACUUAUAAUAAAACAAAAUAUUUUCUUAA